AAUAAAUUGCCUUGCAUUAUCGAAAUUGAUUUGGAAUUCAAAUUAUCACUUUAUUGCAGGUGUAGGAGAAAUUGCGUAUGCCAGAGGAGGACGUGGUUUUAGAGCAGCACUGCGAUCACUAAAGCCAUCGACACCAGGGGCUUCCUAUGGAACAAAUUUUGAUGAAAGUGCAGGCGGAGCUGUUUUCUAUGGCAUCUUAAGAGCCGCUCAAUUAGUGCCUUACGACAGCGCAAUAUUUCUAUGCACCGACAGAUCACCUGGAGAUCCGGAUUUGGCACAAUUGGCAGCUACCACACUUAUUCGAAAAAGGAUAAGGUUGUACGCAUUAUGGUUUGGAUCAACUAGUGCGCCAUCUAACAUUGACGAUCAACUAUACGAAAGUGAUUCGCACGGAAGUUCAGAAGCGCUGCUGGAGGAGGCGGCGCAACGCAGUGGCGGCGAAUGGAUCAUAGUUCGAGGUGAACCCGCUGUGAGCGCGCAGGUCUCCUCUGAAGAUUUACUAGCAGCAGAUCAACCAGAUGAUCACAUCGCAACUUUGGCAGUUCGUAAACAUUUACAUGGGCAGCAAGCUGUUUCGUUGAAUGUAGAUAAUUCAAUAUCAUCUUUGCAUGUUGAGAUAAUGGGAACAGUCAGUGAAGCCAAACUUCGUACGCCUAAUGGUAAAGCGAUAGACCUUCUCAAUGCAACAGCGGUCGCUAUGUUCUCCGACGAGUCGCGAUUGCUACGCUCGACGCGGGACGAAGUCGAGGUGCAAAUUAGUUUGCCCGCGGGCCGCGAAUUCAAAGGAGAAUGGGCGCUGCUGACGAAUCAAAAGAACGACGAAGAAUACAAUAUGACGGUUCGCGCCAGUACUGCGAUUGGGUUCGAGGCUCUGCUAAGAAGAGAUG